CGGAGGGGGAGGGUGGACCCUCUCUCGGACACGGAGGGGGGAGGGCGGACCCUCUCUCGGACACGGAGGGGGAGGGCGGACCCUCUCUCAGACACGGAGGGGGAGGGCGAACCCUCUCUCAGACACGGAGGGGGAGGGCGAACCCUCUCUCAGACACGGAGGGGGAGGACGGACCCUCUCUCAGACACGGAGGGGGAGGGCGGACCCUCUCUGACACGGAGGGGGAGGGCGGACCCUCUCUCAGACACGGAGGGGGAGGGCGGACCCUCUCUCAGACACGGAGGGGGAGGGCGGACCCUCUCUCAGACACGGAGGGGGAGGGCGAACCCUCUCUCAGACACGGAGGGGGAGGGC